GAGCUCACGGUUUCUGCCUCUACUUUAUGUAUGAUUGAUUUGACUAAGACUGGUGCGGUGCUGGACACUCAAAAUUCACUGUACACGCUACAUACAGUCACAUAUGUGAGAAUGCCUACACAUUUCUCUGUUAUAAUCACCGCUGGCCUUUGACAUGCGUGUAAAUAAUUAUCCGAUUCUUCUCCAUCAGCGAAGCUUUAUGGUAGGGGAGGUAAUACAAUCGCGUAUGGAGUUACCGUACUUCCGCCUAGCUGCAUAGUUACUUUGACAAGGGAAAAAUGCAGUCACUCGAUUUUCCUUGAACUACACCUGUGGCGCACAUCAUAUAACGACUAUACGAAUAUAGCUGUUCCUUUCCUAGUUAGAGUUUCAUAAAACUUAAUUUUUACAAAAAGAUUAUGAAGAAAAAAUGUAGUUAGGAGUGGGAAAGACCCACUUCUCCGAGCAACAGAAAUAGCAUCUCGCCAUGACCAACUGAAGUUCAUUGUUUUAGCCGGGUAUGUGCUCAAAAAAAGUACAAAAUGGGAGCAGACAACAGUGUGCUUGAAGGCUGUGAGUGGGGUGAGGAUGUCAGUGAGUGUAACUUAAAUUGGUCUCUGCAGCAUGCAACUGCCAAAGAUGGCCGACAAGUAACAGUUUUUCAUCCAAAGAAAGGAGAGCGCAAAUACCAUGAUAUGCUAGAACGAUUAGCCCAGAGCCUUAAGACUCUGCGCCAUCCUGGUGUGCUGCGCUUCAUGGGAGCAGGACGUUCAUCGGAUGGGUUCUAUCUAGUAACAGAACAGGCUGUUCCUCUGAUGAACGUUCUGGGUCACUUGUCACCAUAUGACAUAUGUGCUGGACUUCAUGACAUUUUGACUGCUUUGACGUUUCUACAUGAUAAGGUUGGUGUGUGCCAUAACAACGUCAGCAUUGAAGCCAUUUUUGUGGCAAGUGAUGGUAGCUGGCGGUUGGGGGAACUUCAGCACUCUUGCUUAUUUGCUUCUGCUUCCCCUGAAUACCUGGAGAUGUGCCGUGCCUUUAGGGAUCAAGCAUCAAUUGCACCAGAAGAGAAGGAUGGAAAGGUUAAGGUGACACCUGGACAAGGCCACUCACGUGACAUGUAUAGUUUUGGUGUUUGUGCCAAAGUACUCUUGGAUCAUCUAAGGGAGCAAGGUGAAAUAAAAAUCAGCGAUUCUUUUGAACAAAGAGCUGAGGCUUGCCUUUCAUUAGAUCCUGCCUUAAGACCACCAGCCCUUAUGCUAAAAAAUGACAGCAUUUUCCAAAAUGAUUUUGUGCAGAUACUUUCUUUUGUGCGGAACGUUGCAGGGCAGACAUCUGAAGAAAAGAUUGAUUUCUUCAGUGGUCUUUUGCCACGACUGUUAGCACUUCCAGAGGAAGUGAUCGGUCACAGGCUUGCAGUUCCACUGUUGUCUCGCUUUGUGCUCAUGGAUGAAACGGCUGUCAGCCAUGUCAUUCCCCAUCUGCUGAGCCCUAAACACGAUGAUCCUGCUGCUAAGACAUCCCAGCCUGGAAUAACACCUCUGCUCAGUCCAAAGAUAUUCCAGAGAUGUGUAUUACCAGAGCUGCUGUGUAUCCUUGGUGUGCGAGAAGCGCAUAUCCGCCUGGUCUUGUUAGCUCACUUCUCCCAGUAUGCCUGCCUUUUUGACAAGGAUACCCUUCAAAAGCGUGUCUUCCCACAGCUGUUAUUAGGCCUGCGUGACACAACUGAUACCAUAGUAGCUGCCAGCCUACGUGCUCUUGCUGAUCUUGUCCCACUGCUAGGUGGUGACACAGUUAUUGGGGGACAGCGAACAACAAUAUUUUUUCAUGGCAUGCCUAAGUUUGCAGAUAGGGUGAAGACAGAGGAAAAACUACCUACAAACCUGAAAGAAGUACUACAACCGGUGAUAUCCUCAUCAACUGCCAAACCUUUGCUGAAGGACUUGGCUGCCCUCAGCUCUAGUGCUGAUGAAAAGAAAAAGAAACAAGUUGACCAUGAAAAGAGAUGGGCUGAAGCUCGACAGAAGCGAGAAGAGAGACAACUGCAAAAGAUUCAAAAGGAGGUUCAGACCAAGGUGCAAGACGCUGAUGUUUACUGGCACAACUCAGAGACAACAACAGUAACUUCAGAAAGAUCAAAGACAUUUGAACUUGACAAGCUUGAAAAUAAAAGCAAAGAUGAUGUAGAUGAUUUAAAUUCCAAAGACAUUGAAGUGCAUCUGCAAUUAAGUGAUAGUGAAAAAGAAGGAAAGAAAGAUGUUCAAGAUGAGGACCUGUGGUCAGACUGGGAGGACAAAGAUGGAAGCUCAGUGCCAUUGUCUGUUGAUGAAAUCAUUAGCCAAGAGAUUGAAGCUGAGCUUGCUUGCAUGUCUGAAGGGGAAUACCCUUCUGGUGUACCUGGACAGAGGAGCAAGAUCCAGACUUCCCCAGACCCAUAUGACACUUGCCAGUUUCUGGUUCAGAAUCACAUGUGGCAAGACACCAACAACUCCAAUCAUGCUGAAAAGAAAACUCUAUUGCAAGAUGGCAUUGCGAAACAGGAGGGUGCUGGAGAUUCUGUGGACAUCCAGUGGGACACAGAAAAGACAUACAUCAUUAAGUCAGGCAAUUCUGGAGACAGCGAUGCACAGCUCAUGGCCAAAGAAAAUGUCCCUAAGAGCAUGAAACUGCCCUCAAAGACCAGAUCUACAGGGGCUGCAACCAAAGCAGUCUCAGGAAGGAAGGUGGCGCAAGUUGAUGACCUGGGUGCCGGUUAUGACAUUAAGAGUGUGGAACUGGCGGUCACAUCGACUGAGGUAGACUACUUUGCUGACAUGGCGCCUACAAUCAGCACACCCUCAGCUCUGCUGUUCUUCUCAGAAGCAGAGACUGUAGGUGAGGAGAUGAAAGACAAACCCUUGAGCUCAAAGACAACGUCAAGUCUGUUUGCAGUUGCCACCACAAAUGUUACGGAGUCUGAAGGAGGCUGGAGUGAUGAUGGAGACUGGGGAAUGGAGAGUGUCUGAUAUUCAGUGUUCUGGAUCAUAACCCCAUGGCAUGUAACUGCCAUUUCCUGUGGAUCAAGAAGGGAUGAUAAAGAUUGUAGCAGCAAUAAUAAAAUGGUGAAAGUUACUGGUUGUUUCGUUGCCAAGAAAGAAAACAUGUUUUAUCUUUGAACAGAGCCACAAAUCAAUUAAAGCUGAUUUCCAUGUGUGCUCCGUGCUAUCUCCUCGGUCUUUCCCAGCUUCAAAAGUUGUUGUCCUGGGUUCAGUUCUCAUCUCGGGCGUGCUGUUCUUUCUCUGCAUGUGGCAUCUGUUUUCAGGGCUGGCUGCUUUGCCAUGAUAUAGCCUUAGUUGCUUGCUCAGCAUAAAACACCAAUUCCCCACCCCCCACUAUCCAGAUUGAAAGAUGGACCGUGUGAUACUCUUCCUCUAGGAUACUUCUGGACAAGGCUGUAAUGUUCAGAAAUGGGUCUGCACACCAUGCUUAUUCACAUGUGAAUAUUCUUUGUUGUUGGAAAGACUGCAGAUGCUUCAUAAUGGAUGAAAGAUGACUACUGAAGGCCAAGCAUGAGGAAUGUGAAGCAGUUGCUGUCUCCUAAAAUGCUUGAGUGGCAUUCAGGUUGAAUCAGAUAUUAACAUUCACUGUAAUAAUAUUUAAAAACCCAUUAACUUACCUUGAGAGCUUGCAGUAUCUUAUGUUAAAAAUCUGGGUUCAGAGUAUGUGCUUCAUCUCUAUGCAUAUUUUAUUAAGCAAGUUUUUUUUUCUUAAAUACACAGGUGGUUUUACGAAACAGUUUCCAUUUUACCCCCUCAAAUUAACUUCUUGUUGUCCAUUUGAAUAUUACAGUGAAGUUGUUGGGAUAAUGUUCUUAUAACUGGACAUGAUAUUGUUAGAACUAUUUAAAUGUCUGCAGUUUUUAAAAAAGUUUGGUUUGUCUCUUAGUUGUUAGUUUACAUACAAGAAAAACUACUUUCGAUUUUAUGUUCCUUUUCUUCCUGCCUGUUCUGUUUGACAGAAUGUUGUUUCACAAAAUUAUUUUAAACAAGCACUUGUUCACCAUUUAGAAAGACCCUGUGUACAGCAAGCUUUAAUCAGCCGAUGGCAUUAACUUCCCUUAUUAAAGCUGAAUGGAUAUAUAUCUUAACACAACAGAGAACUUUUGACAUCCAAUCCAUGAACGCAGCACUGCAGAAGACUGCAUGCAAUUUUAAAAUACAGUUUAAAUAAAACUGUAAAAUGUAUUCACUAGGCAAUAGCAAUAUCUUCCUUUUUCAUUCUUAUCCAUUGCUUUUCUUCUUGUGAUGAUACAAUUUAAAAAUAAAUCUGAUUACAAAAUUAGUAAAAAUUAAAAACAAGGGCUGUGUAACCAUUUUAGGUACUUUAUCGGUGAUGUUGAAGCAGCCUGAGCAGGGUGAUAAAGGUGUUUGUUUUUUUUAAAAAAAAAACUGUCAUCCAGCUCUUAAGCCGCAGUAUUACAAGACUACUUGACUGGAUCAAAUGAACUUAUAUUUGCUAUCAUGAAGACUUUUGACUGGUGACAGCCGUGUGUUGAUGACAAGUGUGUGCCACUGCUGUGAAUGCUUUGCAUCUUGAAUAUGCUGUCCCCACCUCAGAUCACCAAGACUUGCAUUCCAUUAUAUUAGCAUUAUUUAUUGCAUAUGUAAAUAUGGAUGAAUGUUUUUUGGGUUUCCUAUUGAUGUGCAAGUAGCAUUUUGUAAUGCUGAAGGAUCCUUUGGUCAUUCUUUUUUUUUUUUUUUGACAUUUGUAUUUGAGGGACUGGUUUAUUUUUUUAUUUUUAUUUUUUUUAAAGCAAAACUUGCUCUAAAUUGUGAGGCUGCCCAAUAGCUAACUGUAACAGCUUAAGUGAAAAGGAUGCAUUACUUGUAGUAUGUGCUGUUUACCAGAAUUAUUGCUUAAACUGAAAAUGGAGGAUGGUUAAGUUCUUAAAAACAGUUGGUGGGUAUUUACAAAAGUUUAGGUUAAGUUUCACAGCUUACUGUGAAUUCUUUUUAUAAUAUUAUUUUGUGACAUAGUGGGAUGACAAGAUAUGCUCUACCCUCAUUGCAUCACACAAUUCUUAUCAUAAAUACAAAAUUUUUUUCUAAUACAAGUUUUUUCCCUAACAAUUGGUAUGUGUUUGAUCAGCAGUAAUAUACAGAAAGCACAGUUCAAGAAACAGGAACUUUAAGUUUGCUGAAGGAUGAAUGCCAAGACAAUUCUGCUUUCUUGUGACACUGUUGUUGAUCGUUUAUUAUAUCUUAAUCACAUUGAGUUACUAUUUAUUAUGUUGUUAUAAUACCAUAGUUUUCAUGUUAACAACAUAUUUAAAAUUAAGCAUAAAAGUGUGUGAUGUCUUUGUUUUAUGCCCCAUUCAUUCCAGAGGGAGAAUAAAAAUGUGGAAGUGA